ACGGCGUAGACACAUAACCUUACUCACCCCUACAAAGUUGUGUUUAUUUUUUCAUAGCAAGAGAAAGUGUUGUUAUUUUUUUAAAUGCGUUAUGCACAGUUUGUUAUGGGACCUGCGGGUUCUGGUAAAAGUACAUACUGUUCAACAAUUCAACGGCAUGCUAAUGAUGGCAGACGAAACAUAGAAAUAGUAAAUCUUGAUCCAGCUUGCGAGAAUUUCAAUUAUCAACCAAUCGUCGACAUUAGAGAUUUAAUACAACUCGAUGAUGCUAUGGAAGAUGAAGAAUUACAUUAUGGACCUAAUGGUGGUCUGAUAUUUUGUCUUGAAUUCCUCCUAGAAAAUGCUGAAUGGCUUCGUGAACAACUUUGUGGUGGCUCAGAUAAUGAAUGCGAUGGUGAGCCAGACGACGACUACAUAAUUUUCGACAUGCCAGGACAAAUCGAACUUUAUACGCAUCUUGAUACUGGAAAAAAACUCGUGAAACUUCUCGAAAGUUGGAAUUUUAGAUUAUGCGGUGUUUUUCUUAUCGAUUCGCAAUUCAUGACCGAUGGCGCCAAAUUUAUAUCUGGAACAAUGGCAGCAUUAAGUGUAAUGGCAAAUAUGGAACUACCACAUAUUAAUGUUCUAAGUAAAAUGGAUCUGCUAAGUAAAUCAGCCAGAAGUCAACUUGAUAAAUAUCUUGAACCUGAUUCACAUGCACUUCUUGGAGAAAUUACGAAUGAUUCAGCUUGGGGAAGAAAACAUCGUCGAUUAUCAGAGGCAAUAGGAAAUCUCAUCGAAGACUUUAGCCUUGUAAGAUUCACGCCAUUAAAUAUUGAUGAUGAAGAAAAUAUCGCCGACCUUCUUCUCACAAUCGAUAAUAUAAUUCAGUAUGGUGAAGAUUGUGAUGUUAAAAUAAGAGACGAUUUUGAUCCACCAGAGAAUGAAGAUCAAAAUGAUUUCCUCACAGAUCCAGAUGAAUGA